UGUAAAAAACGAGUAUAAGACAAGCACAAAAUGCCGUCUAUGUCAAUUUCGAAAGCACCGUUAUUGUUGGCAGUACGCGGAGAGAGUGCAAAAGGCACACACGGAGAGGUGUUGCAUGGUUGAGAGGGCGUACGCUGUGGAUAAAGUGGCAUAACUGAGGGACAUUUUUCCAAGUAAGACGAUAUGCGCUGCGCCAAGACGGCUAGUUAUUGUUGUAGUACUUUUUGGUGCUGGCGGUUAUUGUACAACAGUGAAUAGCAUGGCAAGAAAUUAUGGAAAAGUGCGUGCAAAGCUAAUGUUAAAUUAUGGAAAAGCUUGGAAAAUGUACGAAAAAGUGUGAAAUAAAAACAAAACAAUUAUGUGAAAGCAGUGAUUAGUUGUGAGAAUAUAUGUAUGCAAUGAAAUUGAUUGGAAUUCAGUGAAAAUAACGCGGAAGAAUGUGCGGGUGUGCCACCCAGGCUGGGUGUAUGAGCAACGAGCCGCCAAACUGGCGCUGCUUCAAUAGAAAUGCCAAAAAAAUGCGGAGGGAAAGUGAGUUCUAAGUAUGUGAAUUGCGUAAAGUUAGGUUAGAGACAUUAAAAAAAUUAUUAAAUUUGCGAAGAAAGCGUGAAGGCUUUAACAAUAAAAAAAAAAUAGUCCCAAAUCUUAACUUUUUAGCUACAUAUAGCUGUCAAAACUCCAGCGAGUGACACUUUGUUGGCGCAUACAGUAGUGCUCCCACUCUCGCGCAACGUUUUUUGUCUGAAAAAUACACUAGCUUUGUAGUUGUGCUACUCUAGUUUAGACAAGUUGGCAACCGUGCGCGAAAAAUAACGAGUUAUAACAGUGAAAAAAUCUAAUCAAUAAGGAGUAAAAAAAUAAGGCACUACCGAGCUCAACUAGAAAUAUUGCGGUGGUGUAACGAGUGCACUCACACCAAACUAAAUGUACGAGCAGGCGCACUAACUGUAAGUGAUUGCGCUCACAUUCGUCCGCACUCAUAUUAUGCUACGCUCUCUCAUACUACUGAACGCGCGCUCACUUUUCUUUGCGCUCGCUUUUACUAUUCAACGCUCACCGUGAGCGCGUAUCCAUAGUGACAGCGUUUACCGCUAUAACUUCAGUUGAGUAACGGUUAUUGGUGCUGUAAGUGAGUUAGCCAGUAGCAGCCUACUAAGUCAGCACAUUUUAACGGUAUUUGUCAGUUUCGCUACGACACAGUGCUACCCAUUCAUAUUCGUCGCUUGAACGCUCCGGUGUGCUGUACUCAACGCCGCGCGUUGGGUAACGGUUGUGUGUUAAAUAAAGCGACGCGUUUUCAAUUAUUUGUAUGAAAUUCUUAAAAAAGGAAAUUUUACAAAAUGGCACAAAAAGUGAAAUGGAAGCAAAAAUGUUACUAAAGUAUUUUCUAAAGUAAAAAGAAAAUUGAUUACUUUGUAGACUGACGAGUAUUGAAAGAGAGUUGUUUUGACACUUUUUGUGUAGAAAAUUGUCAGUUAACUAUAGUGAGUGUUUAAAGCUGAUUGAAAGGCAGAAAGUUUAACGCUUGAAGUUGAUUAAAAUUUUCACAGUAAAAAUUACAAAAGCGAAAAAAUUGAAAAAAACUUGUGCAAAUAACUGCUGCUGAAUAUUAAAAUUUGCGACGCGCCUGAAAGUAUGCAAAAAUUUAUAAAAUUAAAGCCUACUAUGAGUAUUUAAGGCUUGGCGCCUUGCACAAGUAACUUGUGCUGAAAAGAAAAUUUACAACGCGCCUGAAAGCAUGCAAAAUUUGUUGAAGUCAAAGUCUUAUUUUGAAGUAGUUAGAAAUAAGCGCCUAAAAGGCUGCUAUAUUGCGGUCUCACUUGUGCGAAUACUUGCUGCUUAUUACAAAUAUUGCAACGCGCCUAAAAGUAUGCAAAAUUUUAUUAAAAGGUAGUGGUAAAAUAGUAUUCUUAACACUUAAAGCACGGGCUGCAAGGCUGCUACAAAGAUGUAUAUCUGAUGCAAAUAAUUGUUAUAUAGAAUUAACCUUAAAACUCUCUUAGAUAUGCAAAUUUCAUGAAAUAAAAGCCUUUUUGAAGUGCUGAAGGCUAUACGCCUAAAAGGCUGCUAUAUAGCGCGCUAAAAGUGUGCAUCCAACGGUAGUAAAGGACACAAAUGCAAAAGGGUUACCAACCAGCAAUCAAGAAAGCAUAAAAACCAAAAUAAGUGCGGCUUCAAAAAAAAAGAACUGAAAAGUAAGCAAACUUAUUACGAAAAAAAGUGAGCGCGAGAGAGUUGGAACGCAUUUGGUCUCCCCGCAACCACGCACAAAAUUGUGCGCUGUUGAAAAUUGAUGAAAAUUUCCGAGUAAUAAUUCGAUUGCCGCCAGCAACUGCAACUGUCAUUGCAAUUAAAAGCGCCUAAUUGCGCUAAAAUGAGGCGCAAGCAACAAUAAAAAUAACAACACUUGCUGUGAGCGUGUCAGAGUCAUAGUGUGAAAAUACACAGUAGCAAACAGUAAAUGCAAUUUAAAGUGACUAAAAAGGUGCAAAACACAACAAAGAGCGAAGGUCUUACGCGAGCAUAGACGAAUCAAAAAUAAGAAGCAGAAGUAGAAAGAGGAGAGUAGUGAAAUUAGCCAGCUUGGCCGCCAGUUGAGCUGUAAAAACGGCGCUGCAGACGUGUAGACGCCAUGUUGCGGCCGACAUCGUGUGGACCGGGGCCACCGUUGCCGCCACCACCACCGCCGCCGCCGCCAUCGGUAAUGCCGUCGCUAUCAACAGCGGGUGGCCGCGUCAACAACAAGCGCACAUGGCUUGCGGGCAAAUGUGUUGGAAAUGUGCCGCAAAAACAGCUAAAGUCAAUAGUUGUUGUGGAAGAAAGUGUGGCAGAGGCAAAAGCGAAAUUCGCAACAACAACAACAGGCAGAGAAGAAGUAGCUGCCGAGCGCUUGCCUAGCAAUGCUGCGGCUAUACGGACUGAAGGAUUACAGUCGGCCAGAGCUGAUGAUGAUUUUUGCAUAACAACAACAAUAUCAGUUAUUGAGUGUAAAACAGCAACAACAACUAAAGCGUAUACUGCUGUAAUUGCUGAGAGCGCUAAGCAAAACAAAAACAAUAACAAUUGGUCAAUUUUCAAAUUACCCAUGUUGCUAGCAACUGCCUUGGCAACAAUAACAACAACACUAACUACUGCCGUCGUAAAAACUGAAUUUGAAAGAAAAAACGCCGCGAACCAAAUGAAAAAAAGCGUGGCCAGCAAGCAGACGGCAACAGUUGGCGUUGGGAGCACAACAACGGUAAAAACAACAACAACAACAACCAUUGAAAAUCAUGCAAAUUCGCAGUGGGCAACAACAAAAACUACAACAACAGCACCAUCAAUAAAAUGGUUGCUUAUGUGGCUAAUGCUUUUCGGCGUAAUGGCCCAAACGCCCCAACAUCAAGUCGCCGCCGAGAAGAGCAAACACUAUUAUAUGCAAGCUCUGUGCAAAAAUCACUUUCUGCAGCAACUUUAUCGCAAAAUCGACGGUGCUGUACUUUGGUCGCAGAACGAACGGAAUCUAGAUUGCAUCAUAACAUUCCAAACGCAUUCGAUAUUGCAACGUUUCAUGUUGCGCUUCGAUAUGUUGCAACUAGAUUGUAAUGAUCAUUUGUAUGUGUAUGAUGGAGCGCACGCUGUUGCCACACCGAAGGUUGAUAUCUCCUGCCGCAAUACCAAACAAACGGUCAGCUCUAUAUUGACACGCACAAACUUUGUCACACUCAAAUAUGUCACCGACAAUUGGGGUACAGAUGCGAAUGGUUUCAAACUGGUCAUAACAUCGGUGAAGGAUCCAAAACACACCUGCAAUGAUUUCACCUGUGCAGCGCGUGAAUUUUGCAUAAGUCCGGAUUUACUCUGCGAUGGCAUUAAUCAUUGUGGUGACAAUUCUGAUGAAUCUGUAUGCCAAAGCGAAACAGCUGCUACGGUCUUCGGUAUCGACAUGACCUGGUUCGUGCUGAUCGUUGUCGGCAUAGUACUGGUGUUGAGCGCAGUGAUCGUUGGCAUUUCGAUAUGCGUUUGCAGGCGGCAGGAAGAGUCAAAUCUUAACCAGAAUACCGCUAUACAAAUGCAUCAUACCGCCGAAACGAAUGGCUCAUCAAAGCAUUUACAUUAUCAUCAUGGCGGCACAUUGUCGCGCGAACACACACAACUGCCACCGACGUCGGGAAACUGGCAUCACCCUGCGGGACCUUACGGGUACCACCGCAUUCUACGCAACUUAUCGAAGAUGGCCACCAAAGUCCGUCCCAUUUGGUGCUUAGCAAAUUCCGUCAAUUAGGUCAAGAUCUUUCACAUACAAAUCCGGCCGCUGCCGCCGCCGCCGCUACCGCCGGACUCAAUCAAACGAACAUUUCUGUGGCUAAUCAAAAUGCAGCCGCUGCCGCAGCAGCUGCUGCAGCUGUUGGUGCUGCACAGAAGGAUGAAUGGUUCGUUUAGGUAGAGGCCGAAGCUCGAGAAUGAGCAAAAGCUUAAGUGAAGGGAUCAAUUAGACUACAGGAAGAUGUUUUACUUAACAAUUUUUUUAAUUAAAACAAGGAUUUUGCAUAGCAUUAAAUGAAGACUGUAUAAAAUUUAAUAACAACAAAUUUAGUGGACAUCUACGCGCAGGGUGAUCGUUAAGAGAUUUAUAGUACCCAAAUCUCUUGGCGUUGAGCACGAAAAUUCUCAGCAUGUACUUUGAAAAGCAUGUUAGGAAUUUUUUUGUCGGAUAAUCAACGCAACUUGUAUAUAUUAUUAUAAAUAAAUAAUUAAUUAAAUUUAAUGUAAAUGUAAUUGAUUGAAAUUGAAGAAAAUUAUUUUUAAUUAUUAACGAUUACUGAUAUUAAAAGGUGUAACGGUAAAAAUAUUAGCUAAAAAUGUGUAAUAAAAAUAUACUAAAACACUAAAAUAAUUUUAAAAAAAUUGUAACUUUAAGCCCACAACAAAAAAAAAAUAUUAUAAUAAAAACUUUAAAAAAUCUUACGGUAAAUAGCUAAACAGUUAGUUUUAGCCUAAGGUAUGUAUGCUCCUUUUUUUACAACCGACCAAUGAAUUAAGCGAGUAAACAAAAUAUUACAAUUUAUAAAAAGAAAAUAUAAGAAUUUUAUUUGAAAUAGAACUUAUUUUAUAUUACCGUUAGAACAAAAGAGAACUUACAUUGUAUUUUUGAAAUACAAGUUUAAACAGAAAUUAAUUUUACAGCUUAAAUCAAAGAGUAUUAGAUGAAAUUUCAAUUCAAUUACUUUUCUAAUUUAUAAUCAUAUUGUGCUUUGUAUACAAGAAAACUAUAACUGUAAAGAAUAAAGUAAAAAAGAGAAUUACUUAAAAACGAGUUUUCACCAAAUAUUUGAGAGCUUUUUUGGUUUUAUACCUGCAAAAAACACUUGAAAUGCAAAUUUUUGAGCAUUCAAUAAUUUUAUAUUAAAACUACUAAAAUAGUUGAUAAUAAAGUCGUCCGAGUUUAUUUAUGGUUAGUAUAAAGCUAAUGCUCCUAAAAGCGUAAAAGCUUUUAUAGUACCGAAAUUUUACUUUUAAAGUUACAAUAUUUUUAAAGAGAAAGUUUUUAUAUUUGAGCUUUCGAAAAUAUAAGCUUUCGCUGUUUUGUUAUAUUAAAAAAUUGGAAGCUUUCGUAACGCAAGUUCGAUGCUAGAAGCUUUCGUCUAUUAAUUAUAGCCUUUUAAAGUCUUUAUAUUCUAACUUUCGUAAAGACGAUGUUAGACUGUUUCUCAUUUAUAAAAAUUUUAACUGCGAAAGCUCAAAACUUCAAAAGCUUACUUCUUGAAGCUUUCGUAAUGAUAAUCUCUCACUCUUUCACAUUUAAACAAUUUGAAGCUGUGAAAGCUCUCAAUUUCAAAAGCUCGUUUCUAGAAGCUUUCGUCUUCUACUUAAAGUAAUCGAAACUCACAAAAGCUGCUACAUAUAUGAAAGCUGUUUUUACAAAAAUAUAAUUUACUCGUAGGUAUAGCUACAAAGCAUUAAAGCUCAAAAGUAAUCGUUAAAAUGAGACUUUUUACACUGACAGCAAAAACUGUAGAACUGCAGCGCCUAGUACUAGGCAAUAUUCCAAAUGAAUCCAAUAGUAUUACACGUCAAUGUCAACGGCAAUGAUUUACCUAAAAAGCCACUUCCAAAAAGGGAAAUUAAAGUUUUUAAAUGCAAAACAAAAAGGAAAAACAAUAAAACUAAAAUACAAAACUGUAAAAUAAACACACUUUGUGUGCAUAUAGCAGGGCAGUGCAAUAAUAUUAAAUUAUGCGUGGUCGUAAAGUAAACAUUGCGAUUAUAAUAAACAAAAUCUUAGAAAGAAAAAUUACAUAACAGCUAUUGGUUAUUUUAAAAAAUAUAUAGAUAAAAAUAGUGCAAAACUCAGUAAUCCACUAACAGUAGCGAAAUAAUGAAAAACUAAAGUCGUAUAAAGAAAGAAACCAGAACUCAAUUAAAUAUUAUAAUAAAAAACAACAACAACAAACAAGGGAUGUAAAUAGUUGACAAUACAGAAUAUUAAAAAUCGUAAAAAAUAAUACCUAAUUAAAAAUGCAUAAAAAUAUUAAAGGAUAAUUGAUGGUAUUGAAACGCAGUUGCAAGAGCAAAACUAGCAAUUUACAUUAAAAAGCAGUCAUUGAGAAAUAUAAAAAUUUUGGUUAUAUGUAGAACUUUAAAUUCAUAGAAGUAUUCAUAAUUUAUUCAAAUAUGCCUAAUUAGAUCAACACUUUAAAUGUAUGAAUAUUGCUUUAAAUUUCUUUAAAUUUUUUAGAUUCGCAUAGUUUAAUAAAAACAAUAUUACGUAUCAUCAUCUUAAUGCAAUAUGAAGCAUCACAUGAUGGGUAAAUUGCACAAAAUUAAGAAUUAUAAGAGAUUUUGCGAUUUUAACACAUCAUAUCAUACAACAUCACAUGACCAGUCAUCACGUGAUAAAACAUCGCAAGCUUAAAUAUUAUGUGCAGCAUGUUAAAACAAAAGAGUAAAGUUAGGCUGUCUGAGUAGACUAGAAGAGCUAAGAGUGCAAUAUCACGUGAUAAAAUCACGUUUUCCCAAUCACUAUCAAAUAUCACACGAUUCAUAGGACCGUCACAGAGAUACAUUUUAAAUAUGAAAUUCGUAAUUUUUAUUUUUUAAUUUUAUGUAUUCCACAUAAAAACAAAGAACUUGUAUAAGUUUUCAAAGCAUCACUUUGUGAGAGAUCACUUGAUUCCUUAGAUUUUUAAAAUAUUUUAUUAUACUUGUCCAACAAAAAACAAUAACGCAUAAAAGUUCAACAUAGUAGCAUAAACUUCACUUAAUAUGAUAACACUUCAAAAAAUAUCGCUCUACGAAGUAAGAUAUCAAAUAGCAGACGGUUAAAAGAAACAUCACAUAAAAAUUUUUAUGUUAAAUUUUGUUAAAAUAUUAUGAAGAUUACUAUUACAAAAAUAGCUGACAAAAUCAUACCAUUUUAUAUGAUCACAACUUGCUACAUCCAAUGAUCAAACAUCACAAUAAAUGAAAAACAAUGCAUAGCGAUUGAAAAGGCAUUUAAGCAAAUUAAGGGCUCAAUUAAUAGUAUGUUUCAUAAAAACAUAGCAUACGAUUACAUUCAUACUAUUUAGUCACAUCAUCACAUGUCCGCAGCUCAUGUGGCAAACUGUCACGUAUAGAGUAAAUACAAUAAUUGUUUUUAUAUUUUAUCUUAUUUGUUAUUGUAGAUUAUCAGCAUUGUAGCAAGCAAAACAUCAUAAACCUUUUUUUUAUAUUUUUUCAAAACUGACAUCACACGAUGAAAAUAUCAUAUCACAUACAAUAAAUUCUUUAAGAGAUAUGCAUCUUACUUUCCGCUGCAAUUCUAGCUCAAUAUUGGCGCUGAUUUUAAAACUUGUAUCAUAUUGUUUGCACUAGCAACUCUAAUCACAUCACGUCGCACAAUAGUCACAUCAACUGUAUAUCAACAUUACUUAUUAUAUACGAAAAUAUAACCAGAAUGUAUAAAAUACAUUAACAGCAUAUCAUAUACAUUUUUUUUGACUGAUCAUCAUGACAUAACACCAAUAAAUUUUUUUAUUUUUUUUUAUAAAAAUCACAACUUCUCGUCACAUCACUUGCAUAUUCAAAGCGCUCCACAUCAAUUCAAAAAAAGAAUCACUAAAAACACCAUAAAUUCAUCAAAAAAUAAAAUCAUCACCAAAUUUAUACAAACUAACCGUUAGCAUAUACAAAAACUUCAAAACUACUAACUCCGAAGCGAACCAAUCAUACAACUUGCAAUCAAGUCCAAUCAGUCACGUCAACACCACUAAAAUAAGCAAAGGGAAAUAUGAGACACAAAUGACAAUACAAAUUCUGUUUUUAUUUUUGAUUUUAUAUAAGAAAGCGUAAGUAAAAUGAAAAAAAAAAGAUUUAACAAAUUUUUUCUAAGAACGAAACAAGCAAGACAAAUGAUGUGGCCAUAAACAAAAAAAUUAAAAAAGUAAAAUAAACUUAAAAAACGCGCUCUUUAAAGCAAAUGCAAUAAAAAAUUUCACACUAAACUAUUUUAUACUAAGAACUUAAAUAAUUACUAAACAAUAUGCAUACAAAUAUUUUAAAUAAAAAAUAAUAAAAACUUCAUAAAAGUGAGUAGUUGAAAAAAAAAAUUGAUGAAAAAUCCAAAAAAAAUAUACUGGCUAAAGCUUCAAAUUUAUUUUAAAAGUAAAAUAUUAAAAAAGUAUUAUUAACUAAAAGCUAAAACAAUAAAGUUGCCACUUACGUGCAAAAAAACAUUCAAACAAACAUACAAAAUGAAUCAACUCAAAUUUUUUGCGAAUAAAGCUUAAACGUUAGUACUUCCCGCCGUUUGAACAUUUUCUGUAUAAAAAAAAAAUUAAGGAAACAAAAAUAUAUUUCAAGUGAAUUUACCUACAAGAAAAUACACACACAAAUAACAGUACAUAGAUAGCGUUAGUUGAAAAGGCGCACACAGUUUUAAAACUUUCUUUAACUAUUUAGAUUUUUUUCGGUAAAAUUUAUUAAAACUUAUAUAAUAAAAAGUAAUGUAAAGAAAAAAAUUAUAAAAAAUAAUAAUAUAAACAAAAAAUAUAAUUAUUAUUGAUAAAAAUUUAAAAAUCUCAAUUAAGUGGCAGCUUUCGCCAACAAACAGUAAUUUAAAGCUGUGGUUGACUGCAAUGUUGAGUGUUGUGUGAUGUGACGAAGAAUUGUAUACAAACCUAGCUGACUUUUCUACAACAAACAUACUACGAGUAAAGUGAGGUUAAGGUGAUUUGCUUGUUUCAGAAAAACAAAAUUCGUAACUGCUGCUUACAUAAAAAUGUGGCAAAAAGAAAAUUAGACAACAAAUGGACAAUAUUGAAAUGAGUUAUUCACACAUUUAAACGAGUUUCUGUCAAACUUUUUGACAGCUGUCAGUGAUUUGUCAAUUUUCACACAUCAAAAAA